UGUGACUGGUAAAAUGAUCUGAGAGCUGAAAAUAGUUGCAAUUAGGAUUGUUAAGCUGUCAGGUCUCCAGCCCACAAAUCGUUAAGCACGUGUAGAACUUCUACCUUAAUUAACGCAAUGAAGUGGGUCACGGUGUCUGUGACAACUCAGCAGCGCUGCUCUUAGUCUGGGGCCAGCAGGGUCCCGUGACAGCUGUUUGUUAAUGAGCUAAUUAUUGUUAUCAUCAGGUCACAACUAGAUAGAGGGCUGCGCUAGAGGCAAAGAGCAGCUCCAAAGUCACUCCUGCAUAAAAGGAAAGGGUUGGGCCAUUCAACCUAUGGAGGGACCAGGAAAGGGAGAUGAUGGUUUUCCUAAGGAGCUGGGGCUGAAGAUCCCCUUUCCCUUUGGGAACAGCUCUCCUUCAUCACCAGCUUCAGCAUCCUCCUCCCUGGUGCAGGCUGAGCAUGGGCAGAGCUCCCCCAGCCUGAGCCCAUGUUUGGAGUUGUCUCACUGCACAGGGGCUGACCCGCUGGGCCCUGCUGUGCCAUGGAGAUCCAGAGGACCCUGCAAAAUGAAGAGGGUCCGCACAGUCUUCAAACCAGAGCAGCUGGAGAGGCUGGAGCAAGAGUUCCUCAAGCAGCAAUACAUGGUGGGCACAGAGAGAGUGGACCUGGCUGCAACGUUGCAUCUCACAGAGACCCAGGUGAAAGUCUGGUUCCAAAACCGGAGGAUCAAGUGGAGGAAGCAGAGCAUGGAGCAGAAGAAAGCAAAGCUGUCACAGUUUGGGGUGAUAGAACCCACCUCUGCUGGCCCCACGGAUGCCAAGGAGCAUGAAGAGGACACAGUGGAUGUUGAGCUUUGAGCAGCUGAUGGGAUGCAGCUGCCACUGUUGUUUUUGCAGCCAUGCCUGCCUGAUGGAGGCCUUUGAGAGCUCAGUGUGUUUCUGCCUUACUUCACCACGGUGUGCACAGGGAACAAGGGGCUCUCAGAGGUGCAGGGACCGGGGCUGUUAUAAACCAGCAGCUCUCCAACACCUCUGCUGCGUCAGACGGCCCCCUGCCCUCAUCCAGAUGUGCUGGUCCUGGCCCAGACAGCAGCUGCUCCCUUCUUUCCUUGUUAUACAGUGCAGUGCAGUGGGAAGCAGCACCUAGAGAGCUUGGCGAGGACAUCUGCAACCACACACUGCAGCUCCCAUGAGCUCAGGAUAACUCGCAUGUCUCUUUCUGACCCCAUAGAAUCAUAGAAUGGCUUGGGUUGAAAAGGCCCACAAUAAUCAUCUGGU